UUAGUGCCUACAAAAUACGCCAUUACUAUUUAUCUCUUUCGCAACGCAAAAACGCCCCUCACCUACUACAAGCGCAAUCGGAAUUUCUGUGUCUGUGUUUAUGUUAUGAAACCGUGUGCAGGCUCUAAAAUGUUGACGACGGCGACUCGAAGUCGUUUUACGCGGGAGCAAACAAGAAUAUUAUUGCGUGAAGUCCAUGCACGGCGAUUUUCUAUUUAUGGUACACCGACAAAAACGUUCAGAGUUUCCAAUGCUCGGUCAGCCUGGGAGCAAGUAGCAGAGCGAGUGAGCUCCACUACCGUUGGGCUUCGGAAAACAGCCAACCAGUGCAGGAAGCGAAUUAAUGAUCUUAAACGGAGACAAGGAAUAAGAAUAUUUGAAAACAGAUUGCCAAAACCAGUCUGUAAUCUUACAGACAAUGACUCUACUUCCUCAAUUAAAAUUGAGCAUGCAGAGCAUCAAAUAGGAGAUGGCCUUAAUAUCAAAGCAGAGAUGGCUGGUUCAUCCCACGCUGGAACACCACAACAUGUUCCCCAACCUGAUCCAACCCAGGCCUCUUCAUUCCAAGCCCCUCAGGUCAGCUCACCUCAGAUGAACCAAUCUCAGGGUCAGGGACUGGGACUGGGUCAGGGACAGCUCCUCAGAGCUCACAUCCCUCUGAUAAACUUCCAGCCCCUCAUCCACGUCCAGCCCGCUUCCCAGGAUUUCACAGUCCUCUGCCAGGUGCACCAGGCGGGCUACACCAUGCUACACAAGGAGAUCACGGACACUAAAAACAGUAUGGAGGAAAUGCUGCAUCCUGUGUUGUCUUCCAUCAGCCACAGCCUGGAGAGACUUGCUAGUGCUGUUGAAAGGCUGGCAGGUCCUGGGGAGUCACUACUACAGACUGUCAGUCCCAUCACAGUGCCUCUCCAACACAGACUGAAUGGGCCCUCAUACACUGAUUCCACAGGACUACAUCCUUUGUGAAGUUUGCUGGAUUCUUGCUAUGUUGACGACUGUUUUCUUCUGUCAAAACAAUACAAUGUCCUACAAUAACAAUUAGUUCAAGUAAAAAAAAAAAAAAAUCUACCCAAAAACAUUAACUAUGGUAUGCUAUCGACUGUAUGAUGUAUUCAUUGUUGCAUGUAUUUAUUAGACUGCUUUCAUACGAGUGGUUAAAUGUAGUCUAUAUUGUUCAAUUCAAUCAAACCUGUAUCGCUGUAUUCACACAGUAGCGUUUUCCUGUGGUCAAAUGCAUUCAGACUGGUUUUACUGUAGCCUAUAAAAGCCUACAACUAACUAGC